AAAUGAAAACACAGUUUUGAUUGAGUCAUCAUCUUCUGACAGUUGACGAAUCUUAAAUCGAAGAAAAAUCAUUUUGAUUCUGCAUAUUUAGUGUGUAUCGAUAAAUUCCCCCCACAAAAGACUAAUUUAAGUGAAAUACAAACGAUCUAUAUAAGUGAAAAUGGCAUAUUUAUACUGUCUAAGAUGAAAAAUACACGUUUACCUGCUGUACACUGUUUGCCAACAUCAAACGGAUAUACAGAUCAACAAAAGCUGUUUUAACAAAGUUAAGAUUUUGACAGAUCUAUUGGAGAAAUAAUGGGGAGUAAUGAACAGAUGCUAAAAUCUUACCUUAGUAAGUACAAGUAUGCAGACAUAGCAAAGAAAGAUAUUUUAGGUGUUUUCUCACAAUAUAAAGACUUGAGACCAACUCAUGGACCAUUCAUAUUUAAUGAUGGUUCACAAAAAGAUCUAGUAAACCUAGAUGGAACUAUACCUGUAAAUUACAGAGGUAGUAUUUACAACAUACCAAUAGGUAUCUUUAUACUGGACACUCAUCCAUACAACCCUCCAAUAUGCUACGUUAAACCUACCAAUACCAUGCAAAUAAAACAGGGAACCAAUGUAGAUGCUAAUGGUAAAGUGGAUUUACCAUAUCUCAGAGACUGGAGAUAUCCACAAUCAGAUUUAUUGGGCCUGAUACAGAUUUUAGUAAUAGUGUUCAGUGAGGAACCACCUGUUUUCUCUAGAUCUGCAAACUCCCAGAAUAGACCACCGCCAUACCAAGGUGGAGUCCAACAACCACCAUAUCCAUCACAAGGUGGAUUUCCGAUGCCACAACCAUAUUCAUCAGGUUAUCCUCAGCAAGGUGGCCAAAGUGGUGGCCAAAGUGGUGGCCAAGCAGGGAGUUAUCCAAAUUCAGGUUUCCAAGGAUAUCCUAGCUAUCCAAACCAACAGCAAGCUCCAGGAGGAUAUGGUAAUAACAGUGGAUUUGGUGGAUAUCCAGGUCAACAACAACCCCAAGGAUUUCCUAGUUCUACACCAGGAUACCCAGCAGCCAGUACUGGAUAUCCUUACAGUGGAAGUGUACAGACAGAAUCAACCACGACUGCCGCCAAUCGUCCAGGAAGUAAUAUGACAGUAACAGAGGAACAUCUGAGGAUGUCUCUCCUAUCAGCGGUAGAAGACAAAAUGAAGAGACGAUUAAGAGAAAUAUUUGAACAAGCUCAAGCUGAAAUGAAUGUCCUUUACAAGACACAGUCAGAUUUAAACACAGGAAAGACCAAGUUAGAACAAAUAUUUAAAGAUCUGGAACAAGAAAAAGAAGAAAUAGAAAGCAAUAUAAAACUAUUAAAGGAUAAAGAUAGAGAGCUAAAAGAGGCAUUACAAAAAGUAGAACACCAAGAUAAACUGGACAUAGAUGAAGCAGUUAUAACUACUACACCAUUGUAUAGACAAUUAUUGAACUCAUUUGCAGAAGAACAAGCUAUUGAAGAUGCUAUAUAUUACUUAGGUGAAGCUCUUAGAAAAAAUGUGUUAGAGCCAGAUGUGUUUUUAAAGCAAGUACGAGAGUUAUCUAGACAACAGUUCAUGAAACGAGCACUCAUUCAGAAAUGUAGAGAGAAAGCUGGUCUUCCUCCUUUAGCCUGACCCAUUUUUACAUUGUUACCAUGGUUACAUUAUGUAAAUAAUGUAGAUGUUAUUGUAUAUUUUUGUUAAUACAUAAAGUUUUUAUGAGACUGAGGGGUGAAAUGUUUGCACAUUUUAUAGUGAACAGAUAAAACAGUUAUAUUUAUCAAAGACAUAGCAGUAUAGAAAAAUCUGCAAAAAUUUAACUCUUAACUAUAGACUACGACUAUUUUAAAAAAUGUGUGUUACUGGUGAUUGGAAAAAGAUAUAGUACAUAUUGUGUAUGUACUGAAAAUAAUGCAAAAAUUAUAAAAUGUGAGGACUCAUUUAAUUUUAUUGUAGGUUUGCAUAUUGUUUACAUUAUAUUUUGGUUGUAUAGAAAACAGAAAAAUUAUUUGCAAUAAAAGUGUACUGUGCAUUUAUUUUAAUAUAUGGGGUACACAUUCUGUGAAGUUUUAAACCACAGAUUUGAAUGGUAUAUGAAAUAUCAUUCUUGAAAGUAAAUUUUGGAAAAGCUAUGAAUCAAAUAUUCCAGAAAAUACAAUUUUUUCUUAAUCCACAAAAAUCAGUUGCCUCAAAAAACAAUGAAUCCACAGUACAAGCCAUUGAAUGUCAUAUUUUAACUCUAUAUCCACACAUAAAAGAACAAUCAUCAUCUUUUUCUUUAUUACAUUAUGUCAUAUACAUAUUAUCACAUUUAUAUGAGGAAUGGAAAAUUCAAGUUUUAUCAUUUAAGUAUGAUCUGUCGCAUACUAAACUUUCAUUGACGUCAUAACAUUUGAUAAAGUUUUUCAUGUUUUUUUGCUUUAUUAGUUUUUCAGCUUUAGCUACAGACUCAUCAAAUCCUGAUUUUUUUUUACAUAAGAAUAUCACAUGAAAAGUUGAAAAAAUCUUUCCAUAAUUUUUAAAUUAGUGGCCCAAACAUUGAGUUUUUAAUGAUUUUGCAGGAAACCAAAGCUGUACGUUAAUAAGCACUAGUAAAAUCUUAAAUAAAUCAUUGAAAUUACUAUGUAAAAUUA